AUGUCAUCCCGGUCGCUCAUUCGCGUCGUCCGGCGCUCGUACGGCACCGUCCAAGGCGCAUCGACAUCCACGGCCACCGGUGCUCCUGUCUCUCCCUGGACAUCGCCCAAAAUCCCCGCCGCCUUGAAGGAUGCCACCGCUGCCCAGAAGCCGCGCACAACCUGGACGAGAGAUGAGAUCCAGCAGAUCUACGAGGCUCCUCUGAGCCAAUUGACUCAUUCUGCGGCAAUCGUCCAUCGCCGCUUUCACGACCCAGCCGCUAUCCAGAUGUGCACCUUGAUGAAUAUCAAGACCGGCGGAUGCAGUGAAGACUGCUCGUACUGCGCCCAGUCCUCACGGUACAAUACCGGCCUCAAAGCAACAAAACUAUCCCAAGUCGACGAUGUAUUGGAAGCAGCGCGUAUAGCGAAGAAAAACGGUAGCACAAGGUUCUGUAUGGGGGCCGCGUGGCGUGACAUGCGCGGUCGCAAAACCAGCCUGAAAAACAUCAAGGAGAUGGUUUCGGGCGUGCGAGGAAUGGGCAUGGAGGUGUGCGUGACACUGGGCAUGAUAGACUCGGAGCAAGCGAAGGAGUUGAAGGAUGCCGGAUUGACGGCCUACAAUCACAACCUUGAUACGUCGCGGGAAUACUACCCCACCAUAAUCACAUCACGGUCGUAUGACGAGCGCUUGCAGACACUGAGCAACGUGCGUGACGCCGGGAUCAAUGUCUGCUCGGGCGGGAUUUUAGGCCUUGGAGAAGCUGAUUCCGACCGUGUCGGUCUGUUGUAUACCGUCUCGACGCUGCCUGCACAUCCCGAGUCAUUCCCCGUCAACGCCCUCGUGCCGAUCAAGGGAACGCCGCUGGGCGACCGAAAGAUGAUUUCGUUUGAUAAGCUUCUCCGCACGAUUGCGACUGCACGGAUCGUUCUGCCCUCUACCAUCGUCCGUCUUGCGGCGGGACGCAUCAAUCUGUCCGAGGAGCAGCAAGUGACGUGUUUCAUGGCCGGCGCUAAUGCGGUUUUCACUGGCGAGAAGAUGCUGACGACUGAUUGCAAUGGAUGGGACCAGGAUCACGAGAUGUUCCAACGAUGGGGAUUUUACCCUAUGAAGAGUUUCGAGGUUACAAGAAAGGAAGAGGCAGUUGUGUUGCCGGAGACGAUGACUGACAGUGCGACUACGAGUCAAUAA